CUUAUUGGAAAUGAAAUGAAUUGAAUAUUUCUUUCGAAAUAGUUGGAAGUGCCUCAGAUGGUAUGUCCGUAUUGGACGGAGAGCAAACUAUCUUUUCCUUUUUUCCCAUUUUUUGUUCACUUUAUCCAUUUCUGAGGUGCCUCGAAUAAUUUUUUUCAAAAGAAAUAGACACGUGAAGAUUCACUUUUCUUUUCAUUUUACAUACCGCGGAUCCUUGUAUUCUAUUUUGGAAUUUUGAAAUCUGCGUUUUCUUUUCCGAAUCUUAGAGGUAAUUUUUUUUACGCAGUAUGUGUAGAUGAAUGUUUGGACAAUUACAUUAUCUGUUAUUCUUUCUUAUUCCUCUGCUGCCAUGUGCCCUUCUAAGUCCAAAUGUGCAUGUAUAGGCAGUUUCCUGCCUACCCUCUCUCUCUCUCUCUCUCUCUCUCUCUCUCUCUCUCUAAGUAGAUAUACUUGGUAGUUUCAUAAAUAAAGUACACUCGGAAAUUCUCGCUUUUCUUCAUGCAUGUCCUGGUGUGGUCCAUGAUAAAUGUAAGGGGUAGUUUGAUAGUUUCAAAAGAUUCAAUGAUUUAGGAUGAUGAAGGGCCUACUUGGGGUAUUGACUAGGCAUGCAUCAUUAAAGGCUGUGGAACGACUCGAAUACUCGAUAGUUUUACUUAUCGGCUUAAUUGUAUGGAAAGCCUCUUAUUGACUAUUCAAAAGAAUGUCCAGAUCACUGAGAAUGAAAUGCCUCUUAUUCAUGACUAUUCAAAAGAAGCCCAACAAUCUCCUGUCAUUCCUCUUGAAGAGCCUCUUAAUGUUUCAUGUGUCGGUACUGUGGGAGAAUCGAAGAAAUUGGUUGCUGGUCUUGCAUUUGAAAUGUGCUUAAAGGCGUCUAAUUUGUCCAAGUCUUCUAGUGAGUCGACAACAUCGAUCAAAGACUAUUGCUGAACAUCAAAAGUUUGUUGUCUCUAGGAUUCAAAGAUGCAGGAGAUAAUUUAAACCAAGUCAUAUUGCAGGAAUUCCAAAUUAUCAGGGAUGAGAUGCCUCCUAUUGAAGACUCAGCCACCACCACCUCCGCGUUUGAGGAGUAAAAUGGAUUCUCUCAUAUUCCUACCAGAUUCAACUAAACCUGUGAAGGUUGAAGAAACUGCUGCGGCAUUUACGGAUUCAUUGUCUGUGCCCCCACCAGGUAGCGAAGAUAUUACCUCAAAAGAAGCUACUGGGGAAUUUCAGAAUGAUGUGGAAGUUGAAAAUGUUGAGAGGCCAGUUGGCCUCUACAGGGCUUCCUCUGGCUACCUAAGUUGGGCAAUCAAUACCUUGUGAGAUUUUCUUUAUAUGGAUAAAAGUGACGUGGAUAACAUGGUUUGUUGGCCAAUAUGACAGUUUUGUAUAUGCAACUUUGUAUACAGACGCUUCAUGGUUUUAGCUUUCUCUGGUUAUUGUUUUCCUCAUGCCGGCAAUAUUCUCUGAUGAUUCAGAUAGAUGAAGAGGAAAACUCUAGUCCCAACCAAGUUGAGGAUCCCGAAAA